GUGGAGCUGGCCGACCUGGACUGGAAGACGGCGGAGGCCCUGGGGCGCUUCCACACCGUGCUGGCGGCGAGGUUCGGGCCCGACGCGGAGAGCGCGGUCUUCGGCCUCGGGCUCGGCGACAAGAGGCGCCUGAGAGAGGCCGAGUUCGUGCAGCUCCUGUCCGGCGAGAGGCUGGCCGACGAGCAGCAGGUGCCCGGAGUCAGUCAGAGCGGUGGUCGGCCACGUCCACAACGGUCAGCGCGGAGGACAUCGAGUGGCUCUUCCGCGUGGGGCUGCCGCGGCCGGGCCCGGACCGGGUGCGCCCCGGCUCGGUGGCCGAGAACGGCUUGCAGGGCCUCGCCUACCAAGAGCUCGACGACACCGACCUGAGCGGUGUCGACACGUGCGACUCGCACACGCCCCGCGGCUACUUCAGCGACAACGCGACGGAGCGCAGCGGUCCGCCGGUCUGGGACAAGCUGUACCAGUCGGCGGCCGAGCGCCGGGCCCGCCUCGCGAACCUGAAGGCGAUGGCGCUCGAGGAGCAUGUUGCGGCCGUCAACAAACUGCACGGGGGAUCCUACAACCCGGACGCCAUCGAGCGGCUGCACAUGAAUUGGGGAGUGUCUUCGGGCAGCUUCACCCACGGGUUCGGCAUCGAUGAGCCCGACUCGGUCGCCGUCGUUCUGCACUUCGGGGUCAGCACGCUGCACCUCUGA